AUUACUCUCCUUUAAGAUAAAAUAUUACUUGGAUUCAACUUAAGUCUAUAUUUUUUGAAAAAAGGUACAUUAUUUUUAGAAACUGUUCAAUUAAAAUGGAGUUUCCAACGGCAGGAAAGCCCAUUCAAUGUAAAGCUGCUAUUACUUUAGGAAUUAAUAAACCUACUAUUAUUGAUACUGUAGAAGUUGCAGUUCCUAAAUCGUGGGAAGUUAGAGUUAAGGUAGUAGCAACAGGAGUAUGCCAUUCGGAUUUAUUCUACAUUGAAGGUGGAAGGGACGAUUUCCCUUUUCCUUGUAUUCUUGGUCACGAAGGAGCAGGAAUUGUAGAAAGUGUAGGCAAGGACGUAACAAACGUAAAGCCAGGGGAUCAUGUGGUAUUACUCUUCAUACCGCAAUGCAGAGAAUGCAAAUUGUGUAAGCAUCCCAAAACUAAUAUGUGUGAAAAGUUUGAGAUAUAUCACGAUAACUGCGUCAUGUACGACAAUACAACUAGAAUAACAUAUAAAGGACAACAAGUAUACCAAUUCAAUGGAAUCAGUACGUUCUCGGAAUAUACAGUAGCUGGUGCGAUUGCAGUAGUGAAGAUAAACGAUAAAGCACCCAUGGAUAAAGUUUGUCUUUUAGGUUGUUGCAUAUGUACCGGUUACGGGUCAGCUAUUAAUGCUGCAGAUGUUCAACCUGGUUCGACGUGUGCAGUUUGGGGACUGGGAGGUGUUGGCAUGGCUGUUCUCAUGGGAUGUCGGGCAAGAGGAGCUAAGAGAAUUAUUGGAAUAGACGUCAAUCCAGAUAAAUAUGAACUUGCAAAGAAGUUUGGAUGUACCGAAUUCUUAAAUCCUAAUGACUAUAACGAACCUAUUGAAGACGUUUUGAUAAAAAUGACCGGAGGAUUGGAUUAUACUUUUGUAUCAGUAGGAAAUAUACCUGCUAUUAAUUCUGGAUUGAGAGCAGCACAUAGAUGUUGGGGUGUAGCAAUAUUGAUUGGAUUAGGAGAUUUUAACAAGACACUUGGUGCUAAAACUUUAGAUCUUUUGAAAGGAAAAACAUGGAAGGGAAGCGUUUUUGGAGGAAUGACAGGUGACGAUAUUCCUAAAUUGGUAGAUAUGUAUUUGGAAGGAAAAUUAAUGGUUGAUGAAUUUGUAACAAACACUGUGCCACUUGAAAAAAUAAAUGAAGCGUAUGAACUCAUGAAUAAACCUUCCAAAUUGUAAGUAUAAAAUUCAGUU